GGAAGCAUUGUAACAAAAGCCUUGAUUGUCUUCGUUCUCUUCUCCUGGUCUCUCUCUCCCUCUCUCACCCCGACGACAGGUUCCUGAAGCUCAGCCAGCCAAGGGCAUUGAUCUACGCGGGAGGCGGAAGGCACGAGUUUAACAUAAGCGGUAGAGUUGCGCUUGGGUAUUUUCCAUCUACGUCAAGGUUUAAGUCCAUUUUUGGUGCGGUGGUUCAUUUUUCGUUCUAUGUGUUUUACAGGAAAGCACUGAAUAAGAUGUCUAUGGUUGACGAGCCACUAUAUCCAAUAGCCAUUCUUAUUGACGAGCUGAAAAAUGAUGACAUCCAACUGAGGUUGAACUCAAUUCGUAGACUUUCUACAAUUGCUCGUGCUCUUGGAGAGGAGCGGACCCGUAAGGAAUUGAUCCCAUUUCUAAGUGAAAACAAUGACGACGAUGAUGAGGUGCUUCUUGCUAUGGCUGAGGAAUUGGGAGUGUUUAUCCCAUAUGUCGGUGGUGUUGAGCAUGCCCAUGUUUUACUUCCACCUCUUGAAACCCUGUGCACUGUUGAGGAAACAUGUGUGAGGGACAAAGCUGUGGAAUCAUUGUGCAGAAUUGGAUCCCAGAUGAGAGAGAGUGAUUUAGUUGAUUGGUUCAUUCCUCUCGUUAAGAGAUUAGCAGCUGGCGAAUGGUUUACAGCUAGAGUUUCUGCAUGUGGGCUGUUUCAUAUUGCCUACCCUAGUGCUCCAGAGAUGUUGAAGACUGAGUUGCGGUCAAUAUAUGGCCAAUUGUGUCAAGACGACAUGCCCAUGGUUAGGAGAUCUGCUGCAACAAAUCUAGGAAAAUUUGCUGCAACUAUUGAACCUGCUCAUCUGAAGACUGAUAUCAUGACCAUAUUUGAGGAUCUUACACAAGAUGAUCAAGAUUCUGUAAGAUUGCUGGCCGUUGAGGGUUGUGCUGCUUUGGGCAAGUUGUUGGAACCCCAAGAUUGUGUAUUACAUAUUCUUCCAGUUAUUGUUAACUUCUCUCAGGAUAAGUCUUGGCGUGUGCGUUACAUGGUUGCCAACCAGUUAUAUGAGUUGUGUGAAGCAGUUGGACCUGAACCUACUAGAACGGACUUGGUACCUGCUUAUGUGCGCUUGCUUCGAGACAAUGAAGCUGAAGUUCGUAUAGCAGCUGCUGGCAAAGUCACCAAGUUUUGCCGAAUUUUAAGUCCGGAACUGGCUAUUCAGCAUAUCCUUCCCUGUGUGAAGGAAUUGUCAUCAGAUUCCUCUCAGCAUGUCCGUUCAGCUUUGGCUUCAGUUAUUAUGGGAAUGGCUCCUGUGUUGGGAAAGGAUGCAACUAUUGAACAACUGCUUCCUAUAUUUCUUUCUCUGCUUAAGGAUGAAUUUCCUGACGUGCGCCUCAAUAUCAUUAGCAAGCUUGAUCAAGUAAAUCAGGUUAUUGGAAUUGAUCUCCUGUCUCAAUCAUUGUUACCUGCCAUAGUUGAGCUUGCUGAGGAUAGACAUUGGAGGGUUAGAUUAGCAAUUAUAGAAUAUAUUCCUUUACUGGCAAGUCAGCUGGGUGUAGGGUUUUUUGACGAUAAGCUUGGUGCUCUUUGCAUGCAGUGGUUACAGGAUAAGGUUUACUCAAUCCGUGAUGCAGCUGCUAACAAUUUGAAGCGCCUUGCAGAAGAAUUUGGUCCUGAGUGGGCAAUGCAGCAUAUUGUCCCACAGGUUCUUGACAUGAUUAACAACCCACACUAUUUGUAUCGAAUGACUGUGCUUCGUGCGGUCUCCCUUCUUGCCCCAGUCAUGGGCUCAGAAAUCACAUGUUCAAAGCUUUUGCCAGUGGUUAUCAGUUCUUCCAAGGACAGGGUUCCAAAUAUCAAGUUUAAUGUGGCAAAGGUGUUGCAGUCUCUCAUUCCCAUAGUUGACCAGCCUGUGGUGGAAAAGACGAUCCGCCCUAGUCUAGUUGAACUCAGUGAGGAUCCAGAUGUAGAUGUCCGGUUCUUUGCCAACCAAGCUCUUCAAUCAAUCGAUCAUGUGAUGAUGUCUAGUUAGAUGGGAUUCCAUCUCCAUCACGAACAUCUGUAUGAGGAUGCUUUUGCAGAAGUUGCUAUUGUUUUUAAAUGAAAUAGCUGUAUGUUUCUUCCCCCUGUUCGUUGUUGUAGUGCAGUUGUAUGAUGCAUCUAGCGUGCAGAGCGAGGCAUUGACGACCUCUGGGUUUACUCAGUUGAUCAUUUGGUAAUUGCCCUUCAGUAGAAGACUUCAUGCUUUUAUUCUUCUGCAUCCUAGAAAUCUAAUAUUCUUUCUUCAUUUGUCUUUUUCAACACUUGACUCAGAAUUUGUUGGAUGUUGAUGAACGGUGGGGCUUUCAAGCCUCCGUUUGUAUCUAUACCUUUUUUGAUUUCCAAUCCCUCAAUCUCUACUGUAAUUGUUAUCGAUUUAUAUUAAUUAUAUUGACUAUACUCUUAAGAUUCCAAAA